AUGGCGGAGGGUGAGGACUACAUUCAGCUCGGGGACGUAGGUCAGGGAACCGAGGGCGGCACCGAGAUUCCGCUGGACCUGGGCAAGAUGAUAAAAAAACAGCCUAUCAAACGCGUGUACGUGGUGCAACCCCUCGACAAAAGCCCCCGCAAUCCGGGAUACGGAAGUACUUAUGCAUACUCCGACGGCGGUGCCUAUGAUAUCCAAGUUAUUUGUGGGGCGCACCUGUACGAGCGUGCGUGGACCGAUCCGCCCCACGCAACGGCCUGCGUCGAUGACUCCAUCUACGACCCGGACGCGACGUUCCAGACCCUGAGCAGCGCGCGGACUUCUCCCGUAGACCAGUGCGUCGAAGUAUCCACAACAACAAAAUAGCCAUUGUUCCCAUCCAAUUUGUCAUGCGAAACAUGCAUAAAAUCCAGUUUUUGUCAUGCAAAAGAUGGAUGGGGAUGCUCGUGGUUUUUUUAUGUAUACGAAGAAGCGGGGAUGGACUUUUCUGGCACCGAUUUCCUCCUCUGGGUGAACUCCGAUCAGGAAACGUUGCCGGGGAUUGACUGGAGCUGGCCGGACUGUGCGCAGUGGUGCGCACAGGAGCCGCUUUGUGGCGGAGUCAGUUACGAGGUGAACAGCUGCUCGUACCCUAGCAAGCGCGGGGUGUGCCGCCCGCGGCAGGCGGCGAGCAGUCGUGCGGCGUCGGCUCGCAUCGGACAAGUUGCCCUCGUGAUGACGGACGCAUGCCGUGCGCAACUGUACGUGGCGCCGCCGUCUGAGUUUCGGAUUGACAAGCUGCGGCGCCCGGUGCCCCUCGCGCAUCCGCUGCUGCGCGUCCCGAUCGAGGAGUUAGACGCCUACGGCAGUUCUGCUCUCUCUGCCACUGCUCAUGCGCGCCAGCCGCUGGAGCGCGCAGCGGACGAUCUAACGUCGGUCUUAAACGGCAUGCACCGCUGCUUUCAUUCUAACCUGCAGUCGCCGCAUGGUACGGUGGACGAGUGGUGGGAAUUUAAGUUUAAGGAUCGCAUGCCUCACCGGGUGCGCGGGGUCGUGCUCUUCAAGCGGGAUGACACGCACGGACACGCGGACAAGCUGAAUGGCAGGGGCAUUUACCUGAACGACAAUACGGACGUGCCAGUGCUGUCGACGCCGGCCAGUAUAUCGAAGUCGGGCACCUGGAUCCCGAUCGACCGCGACAUUUUCUCUCUUCGCAUCACGUACAAGUGGUACGUGAUUGUUUGUGGCGCGUGGAUCUACGAAGAUACCACCCUUCGGCAAGCUGCCCGCUUCUUGGUGCCCCGAUGGAUCACACCUUCCAUGAGCUCUCUCUUGAGUGCAACCUCUGCAGGACCGCAAAACAUGUUGCUGCGCGAAUACGGGGAUGUUACCACCCGUGGCACCACCGGGGGGCACACCUGCUUGCAUACCGGGAUCAACAAUCAGAACGAAUGGCUGCGCCUCGAGUUCCCUCGCGCUCUCGAUAUCGCGGGCCUCGUCAUCUUUCGCCGGGAAACCGGUGGCAGCAACUCGGGUUACGACGACCACAUCUCUGGUGCUGACAUCAAACUGAACGGCUCGUCCACAGCCGAGUCGACGGUGCCCUUUCGUGUGCAAAACUCGGGCACCUGGGUUCCAAUCGGGAAGCGCGUGACGCAAAUCCAAUUGGAGCGGCCCACGACCACGAGUGCAAGACCGAACAAGGGUCUGACGAUGUGUGGUGUCUGGGUGUAUGAGCGUUGUGUCGUGAGCGGAGGCGGGCACACCCCCGAUGCGGCAAACCACUUCCAGUUUCACAAGCACGCACUGACGCCCAGGCGCCUGGAGUGCAGCGAAAUGGUCGAGUUGGACUUUGCAGAAACGGACUACAUUCCCUGGGUGAGCGCCGACGGGUCUGGGUUUCUGCCUGGGGACUGGCCAUGGAGCGAGUGCGCGCAAUGGUGCGCGCAGGAACCGAAGUGCGGGGGUGUCAGGUGGGAAAUCGACGGCUGCACGUACUCCCCGCCGCGGGGGCUGUGCCGGCCCCGGCGAGCCGUGCCCUCCACCAGGGUGAGGGACCUCGUCCCGCGCGAGGCGCAGGUGGCGCUGCUCAUGACCGACGCCUGCCGAGCCCGUCUGCUCCCCGCCCGCCCGCUCCGUUUUCAGAGCAAAACCCAACUGACCGCGUUUCUGGAGCAGAACCAGGGCGGCUACCAUCUGACCAACACACCAAGCAUCGACCGCUCCACCGCGUCUUCCGAACACGACGCCUGCAGGGCUGUCAGCUCCGGUCUGUAUGACGCCGCGCCGGGCGACGCGCACUGGUGGCAACGGGGAUUCUGCAACUACGAUUACAACAAUCACAACGAAGCCGUCAACGAUGUCCUCCAGCUAGAGGUCCAACCCACGGAUGCCGCUGGAAACGAUGUCCGCGACCUGUUUGUCGCGGGGGUAGUCCUGCAACCGCGGGCGGCGCACACGCAAGGGGUGUCCCGGAUCUACGUGCAGUACCUACCGAAAAGCAAUCUGGCUAUGGGUGCGUACGUGCCAGGAUGCACGCGAAGCGAUCCGAUGGGCCGGGGCGUGUGCUUGCACGGCUUCCGGGAGGUGGAUAAGGGCGCGUUUUUGGAAACCGGGAUGGACUGCCGGUCCGAUCCGGAGCAGGAGGCCCGUGUCGUCUAUUUCGCGACGCCGGUGCUUGCCAGCUCGAUUCGGAUUAUUGGCAAGACCCCGGGACACGCCCCGUGCUCCGGGUCCAUUGCCUACCGCGCCGAGCUGAUUCUGCGUGCGGGCGACGGGGAACGGCAGGUGGGGCGGCGAUUGGAAGCGGGGGAUGGCAAUGUUCCCAUUCAGCCUGGGGACGUGUCCUUCUUUCCCCCGGACUACGACGCCUGUCUGCAGUGGUGCGUGGACCACCCGGCCUGCGUGGCAAUGUCCUUUUACGAACACCACAAGUGCCAGCCGUUCAAGGCCCUGGGCAAGUACCAGGGGCUCGAGACCCGUUUCAGCAGUGUCGUUACCUUCGUCUCCCACAAGUACCGUGCGGAGGCCAACCGAAUGCGGCUCACCUACCACCUGGGGACGCCGGGGUACCCCAUGUGUCCCCCGGAGCUGCUCGGGUUGCCGAUCGCGGACGUGGAUCAUUGCGAAGAGGCGAUACACUUUCUCCGCUACCUCCGGCUGGAGCUGCGUUCCGGCGUAGCCCGACUGCGCGACGUGCAGGGGCAUCUCGCGUACCAGCAGCCGCUCGCGUCCAACCCGGCCGGCCCGGGGCCGACCGCCUCCUGCCGGGACGAUGCCGGCGGUUGGGGAGAAGUUCCCUUCGGGUGCAGCAUGUCCACCAGACCAAAAGACGCGGGGCGGCCACACUUCCGGGGUGGCACCCACUCGGGCGGUGCGCCCACCAACGAGAUGUUUCUGGAUCCACGGUGCCACCGCCUGCCGUUCCAGGUGUUGUGCGUGAAGCGCUUCCACCGUGAUUACUCCCUGUACCAUGCGCGAACCAAGGUGACCGCGGAGCCCGUCCGCUGUUACCGCGAUGCGGAGCGAGAAGAGCGAAUCACCAAAGUUGAGUGCAAGGAGGUGGGUUUGGGGAUGGCGUUGACGGCGCCUCUCUUUUUGCCGUACCUGCGUGAACCUCAUAGCAACGGCAUCGGUGGGCGAGAGCAUUUCAAAUGGGGAACGACCAUGGCCGUGGGAGACUCCUCUUCUAAUAAUUGCCAAACCGGGAGCACGGGCUGGUGCUUUGUUCCAGCUGGAUGUUCCCUGUCGUCGACGAGUGGGCACGUGCACUGGAAUGGCGCUAAGUUCGACGCGGCUUGUUGUGCACAGGGGUACAACUUGAUUUGCGGCACGCGGCAAACGCCACCGCUGCCCCCGCCCCGGCAAAUUCAUCCGAAGUUUGAGCGCGACCGCUUGUUUUUUACGCGCGUCGAGGAUGUGACGGACCCCACCCGGAUUGCCGCGCAGCCCUACCGCAUCCACGACUACCCUGCCAUGAAGUGGUGGCUCCAGGUUGAGAGCCCUCCCCUGGAGCUGCGCGUGGACCUGGACUGGGAGGACCACGGCUACGGAAAACGCGCGGCGGGCAUUCUGAUCAAGUUGUUCUGCUCCCCCUUCGCAACACUCCAGGCCCAGCAAUGGAUCAAGCAGGUCCCGCGCAAACGGAAAACGGAGACCCUGCUCUUUUACUGGGACCGGGACGAUAUCGUCGCGCUCGCGAAUCUAUGCAUUGCAAAACUAUCGGUAUCGCACUCGUACUUCUAAUUGCAAUACUGCGUGAAAGUAAAGAUCCACUUUCUUACCCCAAUCUGCAUGAGAAGUUUUACGUUUCCUGUAAGAUCAUUUUUGCAAGAAAACAACUAAUUCUAAUACAACAUAAAAACGGAGAUCAUUUUUGUAAGAACAAGAAGCCUAUUAAUACAUAAACGGGUUUCGGGUUCUGGCUUGUUUUCAGGCCUAAGAGGCGACCGCACUGCUCCUUCCUAGUCGUGUGCCAGGUUGCGAAAAGAUGUAAGCCCGCUCCUGUCUAUCGAGGGACUGAGUAAGAGGCUCCGCCACUCACCACCUAACUCCCGCCCCGCCGUCCUUGGUCUCUACUUCAAAAACUUUAGAUUUUUAUUUGUAAUGCAGUUUCUACUAGUGCGAGCCUUUUGCGAUGCAUAGAGUCCCUACAACAACGCCCGCGACAGCAAGCAGCGGCGGACGUGCUGGUACGAAUUUUACGCGCAGAUCGGAACAUAUGGGCGUGUCCGGAUAAAAUCGACAAAGAUGAAAUGCUCUGUGAUGCAGCAUAAGACGCGACGCAGAGAGUGACGCCGUUGCAGAGGACGCAAGGGAGGCAGAUUAUGUUGGUCCCGCUAAGGGUCCUCAAGAGUUGGGCUGCUGACCAGCAUGACAGACGGAAGCUUUCUUGCACUAAACAGCAUGACAGAUGAUCUGCUCGAGAUGUCAGGAAGUUCAAACUCUGUCAUGCGCCGACUAGAAACUGUUUAUGUCAUGCGCCGACUAGAAACUGUGGGUCCGACUGGUAUCGUCCAUUUGCAUUUUAUGCAUUUACAAAUCUUUUACUUUUCAAUUUUGUCGACUUCAAGCCUGGCACUCGCAUAGGGCAGAGCCCGGGCAGAAGUUGCUGCUGCACCACUUCUGGGUCACGGUUCGUUACACGCCCUCUGACCCGCGGACCCUGGCCACGCUGCGGACUCGGACCGGAAAGAAGCCGGUCCACCUGGAGCUUUGAAAGUGGAAGUGUUUGAUAGAAGUUAGUAGAAGUAUGCGCAGCUCCUACACUUGCACCUGUUCUGUUACGGUAAAGUCAGACUCAGAGUCAGUCACGGUGUCGGGUCCGGUUGUUAAUACUGCCCAGAGAAGUAUGAUCUUUAUGGCUAAAACAACUGCUGAUGACAGAGCACGACAGCACUCUUCAAAAACACACUAGAAUCACGAAGGGGGUAUGCCUCGAAUUUCAUUUGAUGAUGAAAGAGCCAGUCGUACUACUAAAGUUGGCAAUAUAUUGGAAUGGCUACGAGUUAGUUGUGCUCGUCAAUCUCCUCCCUAGUUCAGCAAGUGAGAGUGCUUUGCUGGAGGGUCGUGGUGCCCUGGUACAACAACCCUGCAAUUGAUUGGAAAUAAAAGUAUGCCGAGGUGAAGUAGCUGCCGAGAAUUUCAUAUGUAGUGAGGUCACGAACGUUCUAAUCUAGCGGCUUUUUUGCCAGGCAGGCCACAGGCAAAACGACCGACAGUUUUCAAUCGGCCUGAAGUGUUUUUGGACAUAAAAAAUUCAAUUUAUCAAUCGGGCGAGGCUUCGAAGUCAAAAAGAAAAAAGCUCGGGCGAAUUCUAUCGAUUGCCGACUUAUAAAAAGACGCAAGGGAGCCGGCAAAACCAAAAGUGACGCCCUUCUGAGGCGCCCAGCGCACCUAUUUCCGCCGAUUUGGGGCGCCCAAAAAGAGACGCGUAAAAAUUUGCGGCGGGAAAAAGAAAGCGAAGCCGCAUGGCAUGGGCCUCAUUUUGGCCCACAUUUGAAGGCCCGCAAAGCCGGCCACCCAAGUCGGGCAUUUGUAAUGCGCGAGGCAAGCCAAAAAGAUCGACUUUUGUUCUUCAACAAAAGAAAUCGAAAAACGCGAAUGCCGCCAAAGGCAGAAAGAUAAUCCGCAUGCUAUGGGCCCGAUGUGGGGCGGUGAAGGGGCCGACCCUGGCGGAGGCCAUGGCCCGCGGGAAAGGUUUUCGGGUUUUGAAAACAGAAAGAUGGCGACUUAUGGCCGUGAUAUCUACCGUCCCCGACACCAUGUGGGGUAACGUUAUACGCGAUGGCACGCUCGCGGCAAAGAGCGCAGCUCUUUCGCUAUCGGGGACGCGCGAAAGCAGUGCAGAAGUAAAGUUAGUGGGAUCGGGCAGCCAAAGAAUCCGCCUUGAUCUCACUACCCCCGCGGACGCGGCUACUAGUUGCAAUCACUAACAUUACAAGCGCAAGAAACUCGUCGAAAAAAAAAGUGUCACGCUGUUGAGAUGACGAAAGAAUUUAUUAGCGUUUACAAAAUAUUUUGUGGACGUCUUUGGUUUAAUAUUGCUCGCAAUAUCGAUAUCCCAUAGAUCGGUGUUGGAUUUCGUUUUCGCAGGUCAUGCGCAUGCCGUGCGUUUCGUUGACUUGCAAUAAAUUUACGAACUAUUCUUACAUUACAGAAAGAUGGGAUGAAGAAGCGCCGUAUUUCUUGGUUUUCGCACUUCCGUGAUGGGGUCAUAUUUCUUCCUUGUCUUGCAUCGCACGGAUGCUUUAUUCUGUACUUAAUUGUAUGCUGUUGAUGUUGCAUUUGAAUUUCAUCAUCUGAGUCUAUUUAUAUAUGGAUAUGCUUUUUUUUCUAGCACUCGUAGAUACCACCGAACUGCGAAAGGCGAGCCUGAUGAUAAAAG